UAUUUCCCUUCAACUUCAAUCUUUGCUGCUGAUUUGAAACAAAACUCUUCCUGGAUAUGGAGAUCUUUGUGGAAAGUGAGGGAACUUCUGAAGGAAGGGCUGCAGAUUGACAUAAGAAAUGGUGCAACUGUAAGAUUACAAGAUUUUAACUGGAUCCCUGGCAUAAAAGGAAGGUAUCCCCAUCUCAAGAACCCUCCAGCUACUGGGAAACUGUGGGUCAAAGAUCUAAUUCAAAGAGAUAAUGGCCAAUGGGAUGAACUCAGACUGAGAGAGCUGAUUGAGGAAGAGGAUUGUAGAGAAAUUCUCAAAAUCCAAACUCUGGACCCUCUUCUUGAUGAUAAGUGGAGCUGGAAGAUGGGUGUGAAAGUGAAGGAACUUUUGAAGGAAGGGCUGCAGAUUGACAUAAGAAAUGGUGCAACUGUAAGAUUACAAGAUUUUAACUGGAUCCCUGGCAUAAAAGGAAGGUGUCCCCAUCUCAAGAACCCUCCAGCUACUGGGAAACUGUGGGUCAAAGAACUAAUUCAGAGAGAUAAUGGCCAAUGGGAUGAACUCAGACUGAGAGAGCUGAUUGAGGAAGAGGAUUGUAGAGAAAUUCUCAAAAUUCAAACUCUGGACCCUCUUCUUGAUGAUAAGUGGAGCUGGAAGAUGGGUGUGAAGGAUCGCUAUGGAACCACAGGAUCGGCCCUACCUGGCAAGGUGGCGCCUUUUUUUGCAAGUGAUCGUGUCCCGAAAGGAGCAGCCGGAUCCAGUCAUGUCAUCGAC